CUCUCUCUCUCUCUCUCUCUCUCUAGUAAGUAUGGGUAUAUAGGAAUGUGCCUAUGCAGGAGCAACACCGGCACUUGUGAACGAAAGCGGUACUAUCUUCCAACGAAGAAUGCCUCCUAGUUGGGUACUGCAUGUAAAAAAGCCUCAGAUAAGUAGACAUACUUACAUAGGUAGGUAAUACCUAUGCAUAUACCCGCCUGAGUAUCGCGACGCUUAGUUGGUUGGAUGUGUAGAUAAGAUGACAGGGCAGGCACCUACCUACAUAUUAUGCGCCUGAGCCCGGGUCUCAUUCUCCUACUUUACGUAGGUAGUAAUUUAAUCCGUCCAGUCCGUCCCCAGCUCCAACCGACCAACCAACACCAAGUUUACCUACCUCUCUCUGUGUGUCUUUCUCCUCUCCGCUCCUCUUCUCGCCCCCCCAAGGUCCAACUGGUCGAGGACAACAGACGGGGAACGGAACCUCACCCGAAAAUGCAUCGUCAGAAAUCAGACACGUUCUCAAUCCGAUCCGGGAGCUCGACCUGUCUUCCUUUUAACCCGGUGGCUUAACGCGUAACUGGUGGCUUCGAUAUCCCUGGUCCCACGUUGUCUGUCAUGCACGAAUGUGCGGGACGUCGCCUGCGCAUGCCCGUCGCGCCGCCGAUGCCGUGUCGAAUGCCUGGCUUAGUGUGCGUGGCCUGAUAAUGUAGGUUGAUAUCCGGAGCGCUACGCCCCGCCCCCCUGGAAGCAGUAACCAGCUUCGCCAGAGUCUUCUCAACUCUUUUCGGCCCUACCUUGUUGCCCCUCCACUGUAUGUCUCUGAGACCGGCAUGGCUCGGACCAGAUACCCUAUUUACUCUAGAGGCCGAGCCACGGUGAAGUCUGCGAAAGAGACCCCCUUUACGUGGACUAGGUGCUCCCUGCGGCACCUGAGAUCAGACCACGGUCUUGCUAGAGCUACUCGCGUGCUAAGCUAGACGACUCCGUCGAAAAUAAGCAUCCCCGCCAAGGAUCGACUACCUCUUCGCCCGUUCGAAGGCGGCUCGCUCACCCAAGGCCCGGUUCUGGUCAGGUCUAGUUCACCACGUAGAUCAACACAUCGGCCGCCCAUAAGCCUCAACGGCUGUCACAUCCAUCCACCUGCAGUCCCAGUGGCUUAAUUUCCUUUGGCCAUACGUGAUCACACGGGGCGCGGAAUGUCCACUUCCGCUCCGGGGAACGCACCUACCCCUCGAAAGGUAUAAGUAAAGAGUAGUCCGGACCUUUAAUCGUAUGCCACGAGC